ACCCUAUUGAGUACUGGAUCAUCGCAUGGGCACCAGUGAGAAGGAUCGUCCUUGUGAGACGUGUGGGAAGAACCUGGCUGACUGUCUCGGACACUAUGGGUAUCUGGACCUGGAGAUGCCCUGUUUUCAUGUGGGCUAUUUCAAAGCCAUCAUUGGAAUCCUACAGAUGAUCUGUAAGACGUGUUCUCACAUCAUGCUGACCAAAGAGGAGAAACUACAGUUUAUGGAUGUGUUGAAGAGGCCAGGCCUAGCAUACCUCCAGAAACGAGGAAUGAAGAAGAAGAUAUCCGACAAAUGCCGCAAAAGGACAUUGUGUCUGAAUUGCUCCACGUUAAAUGGACCAGUGAAGAAGUGUGGCUUGCUGAAGAUCCUUCACGAGAAAUACAAGACAACCAAGAAAGUGGUGGACACUGUAGUAUCAGACUUUCUCAACUCAUUCGAUAUCGCAAUAGAACACAACAAAGAAGUGGAGGGCUUGCUAAACAGGGCUCAGGAGAACCUGAGUCCUCUAGUGGUGCUGAACCUCUUCAAAAUGAUACCAGCGGAGGACAUUCCCCUGCUCCUGAUGAACCCUGAGGCAGGUAAGCCUGCAGACCUCAUCCUCACCCGCCUGCUGGUACCCCCGCUCUGCAUCCGCCCCUCUGUCAUCUCAGACCUCAAGUCGGGUACUAAUGAGGAUGACCUCACCAUGAAGCUCACAGAGAUCAUCUUCCUCAAUGACGUCAUCAGAAGGUGGCACCGUAUGUCAGGGGCCAAGACCCAGAUGAUCAUGGAGGACUGGGACUUCCUCCAGCUGCAAUGUGCUCUCUACAUCAACAGUGAGCUCUCUGGCAUCCCCCUCAACAUGGCCCCCAAGAAAUGGACCAGAGGCUUCGUUCAGAGACUCAAGGGCAAACAAGGGCGAUUCCGUGAAACUCUCGGGGAAAGAGUGGAUUUCUCUGGGAGAACGGUCAUCUCUCCGGACCCCAACCUGCGGAUUGAUGAGGUGGCUGUCCCUGUACACGUAGCCAAAAUCCUGACCUACCCAGAGAAGGUGAACAAGGCCAACUUGGAGAUGCUGAGGAAGCUGGUGCGGAGCGGUCCAGAGGUCCACCCUGGAGCCAACUUCAUCCAGCAACGACACACGCAGAUGAAGAGGUUUCUGAAGUACGGGAACCGAGAGAAGAUGGCUCAGGAGCUGAGGUUUGGAGACGUGGUGGAGAGACACAUGAUCGAUGGAGACAUCGUCCUCUUCAACCGACAGCCCUCUCUACACAAACUCAGCAUCAUGGCUCAUAUUGCCAAAGUGAAGCCUCACAGAACGUUCCGGUUUAACGAGUGUGUGUGCACGCCGUACAACGCUGACUUUGACGGGGACGAGAUGAACCUUCACCUUCCCCAGACAGAGGAGGCCAAGGCUGAAGCCCUGGUGCUGAUGGGGACCAAAGCCAACCUGGUGACCCCCAGGAACGGAGAGCCUCUGAUCGCUGCUAUUCAAGACUUUCUGACAGGAGCCUACCUGUUGACCCUGAAGGACACAUUCUUCGAUAGGUCUAAAGCCUGCCAGAUAGUGGCCUCUAUCCUGGUGGGGGUGGAUGAGAGGAUCAAGAUAGCUCUCCCACACCCUGCCAUACUCAAGCCCAUGACUCUGUGGACAGGGAAGCAGAUCUUUGGUCUGAUCCUGAAGCCCAGUAAGGCCUGUCCAGUCAAGGCCAACCUGAGGACCAAGGGGAAACAGUACAGUGGGAAAGGAGAGGACCUCUGCAGCAACGACUCCUUCGUGGUGAUCCAGAACAGUGAGUUGAUGUGUGGUACCAUGGAUAAGGGCACGUUGGGCUCUGGCUCCAAGAAGAACAUAUUCUACAUCCUGCUGAGAGACUGGGGGCAGCUGGAGGCAGCCAACGCCAUGUCUCGUCUGGCCCGCAUCGCCCCUACAUACCUCUCCAACCGGGGUUUCUCCAUCGGUAUUGGUGACGUGACCCCAGGCCAGGGUCUGCUGAAGGCCAAGCAGGACCUGCUGGAUGGAGGCUAUGCCAAGUGUGACGAGUACAUCGAGGCCCUGAAGACGGGCAAACUGCAGCAACAGCCAGGCUGCACGGCAGAGGAGACGCUGGAGGCCCUCAUCCUGAAGGAGCUGUCUGUUAUCAGAGACCAUGCCGGCAGCGCCUGCCUCAGAGAACUGGACAAAACCAACAGUCCUCUGAUUAUGGCUCUGUGUGGCUCCAAAGGAUCCUUCAUCAACAUCUCCCAGAUGAUCGCCUGCGUGGGCCAGCAGGCUAUAAGCGGCUCUCGAGUGCCCGACGGCUUUGAGAACCGCUCGCUGCCACACUUUGAGAAGCACUCUAAACUCCCUGCGGCUAAAGGGUUUGUAGCUGACAGCUUUUAUUCAGGCCUGACGCCGACAGAGUUCUUUUUCCACACUAUGGCUGGUCGAGAGGGCUUGGUGGACACCGCCGUUAAAACAGCUGAGACCGGAUACAUGCAGAGGCGUCUGGUGAAGUCGCUGGAGGACCUGUGUUCCCAGUAUGAUCUGACGGUACGGAGCUCCACUGGGGACAUCAUCCAGUUUGUCUACGGGGGGGACGGCCUGGACCCGGCCGCCAUGGAGGGGAAAGAUGAACCGUUGGAGUUCAACAGAGUCCUGGACAACAUCCGGUCUGUCCAUACGUGUUCAGAGCAGCCAGCCCUUAGUAAGAACGAGUUGGUCCUGACAGCAGAGUCCAUCAUGAUGAGGAGUGACUUCAAGUGCUGCCGAGACAGUUUCCUCGAGUGUGUCAUCCUCAACACCAUGCAUCCCGCUGUUGCCGUCGGCAAUGACCGCAAGAAGAAACCCGGGAGACGACGACAGACUACAAUCACGCAAAGGUUAUAUAUCUCUACCGUGUACAGACGGCCUUUCCAUCUGCCGAACACGGUGUUCUACAACGUGCCCGACGUGGCUGCUGUCAACGCGUCCGUGUUGUACAAGCCAGUCAGCAGGAGAGAUUUCAUCAUGGAUCUGGCAUGUGAGCUACGGGAGAACCACAUGAACGCCAAGAGAGAAGCUACCGGCUGCCAAGGAGGCACGAUUCCUCCUAAUAAAGACCUGUCCCAUGAGACCUCCGUGCUCUAUGAUUCCUCCUUUAAUGACGUGUACCAUGAGACCUCCGUGCUCUAG